AUGGUAAGUAGCGUACUACAGAUUUGGCUCGAGUCCUUAACACGACAAUCUGUCAAGAAGACAGAAGCGGAAGCUAUCUCGAGAAAUGAGGGACUUCUUCCUGUGAAGCAAACUGCCAAUCCUUCAUGUUCUGUCAGGAUCACCAAGGAAGGGAGAUCAAAUUCUCAAAGCUCUGAGCGUCCAAAACCAGUGAUCACAGAAACGAGUCCCUCGGAAGUCGGCAAUGGAACCACCAACGCGUCGCUGCUCACCCCUGUACAGACGAAACCGUCGGAUCAAUUUAGUCAUGUGUUUGUGAAGUAUCAGUGGUCGAAGAAAAAGGCAGCACUCUCUGUCCCAGAGUUGAUCCGCCAGACACUCGUCCAACCGUUGACCCAGGCAGACCUCGCGCGAGUCGGAUACAUUUACAUGUUCUGGCACCCGGGUGACUUUGGCUACGUCAAGAUUGGAUACUCCGAAAACGUUGAAGAGCGGCUCCGCAGAUGGAGACAUCAAUGCAAGUUUGAUCUUGAACAACAGACUACCAGCGGAGAUCAGGACUUUGGUGUCGAUCGCCAGAUCCAACAUCCCCACAGGAUAGAGUCCCUCAUCCACGCUGAGCUCAAGGAGUACAGGGUAUCCGAACCGCGUUGCCCCAAUUGUCACAAAUGUCAUAGGGAAUGGUUUAAUGUUGCUGAAGACUAUGCCGUUAAAGUACUACGGAAGUGGGUACAAGCCGCGGAGUACUUGUAUUCAGGACGACACUUGAACAUUUCGGCUGCGCAGUUGGAGGAGUUGUGCAAAGUGACUGAAGACAACAGGGCCAAACUGGCUCCGCUGCCGAAGAAGGGGGCAAGGAGCUCAGGAAAGAUUUCAGGUUCCAAGCCAGGCACCAAGGCUGUCGGCAAGCGGCGUGGUGCACGAACAAACAAAGUCCCCGAUAGUGACCGGGUUGUUGACCCACCAACAAUUGUAUAUACCAACCAGCCGACUGACUUUCAUUUUACAAGAGCAAGGCGUUGA